AUGCCGAAUACUACUAAUUCGAAAAAGAAGUCGGAUGGAAAAAAGCCUAUGCCUAGUAAGAACGAUAAACCUAAAAUUAAUAAAGCUACUGUGGCUUGUGAUCUUUGCAAAAAAAAAAGAGUAAGAUGUGUCCGUGAAGGUAAGGGUCCAUGCAAAAUAUGUAUCAAAGAAGGUUGCGAAGAUGAAUGUAUAUUCGGCCCACAACAAAAAAGGGGACCUAAAAAAGCAACUGGAUCGAGCACUGGUGCGCCAACUAAUGCAGUGUUCCAAGAAUGGGGUAAAACAUUGUGGAAAUCACUAGGUGAAGAUAAACAAGCCGUUUCCGAUCACCUCCGAGCUCUGCCAAACAGAAAUUCUCAUUCCGUGAUGACAAAUAACAAAACAACACCAACCAAUUUUGAUCAAAAUAUUCAACCAGAAGUAGUUUUAGAUAAUACUUUGAACAAUGAACAAUCAUUAAGUUCAAACCAAGAAUAUCUACAAGAUACAAUUUUUGUUGAAAACCUUUUCGACUAUGAACAAUUAGACGAAAUUUCAUUUGUAAUAAAUCAUGAGCAAAUGUUUGACUUAGUUCAAUCAAAUCAAUUAAACAAAAAUUCAGGCGAACAAGUUCCUCAAGAAACUAUGAACGUAAACUGGUUUUAUAAUCAUUUAGAACAAGCAAUUCCUGAAAUCCGAUCACCUAGGUCAGCCAGCAAACAAUUUCCAUCGCAUCGUUCACGAAGUCGUGAUAACCGUCACAGUAGACAAGAAGCCCGAAACCAUGAACAUGUUUCACGCUCUCUAAGUCCGAAUUAUAGGACUCCAAUGUAUUCAAAUAGAGAAUUAAAUUUGGACAUUAUACAAUAUUCUCCUGCGUCUUAUUCCCCAACUCAUCUUUCUCCAAAUAAUUAUUGCACAUCAAAUAACUCAUCUGCUUCUACGUCUGCACAUAUGCAAUCACCAUUUCACGAUUUCGAAAAAUUAUCUAACCAAUCGUCACCUCUUAUACCGUCGCAUGAUUUCGAGGAUACGAAUCAAUCAUUUCUUAACAAUUCUAUCGAUAAUCUCCAAUUGUUUAAUUUGGAAGAUGUGGAUCAGCCCUCACAUAUAAAUUUAACUGUAGACACCCAAACAUCAACGUUAGACGAUUCGGGGUUAGGUUUUUAUGGAUAG